GUAUUAAUGACAACCUUGAAUGCAAACCAACCUUACAAAAUAAACUUGAGCUGAAAGUUACUUCUCAGUCUCAAAUGACAUUAAAUGGGACAUCACUCUGUGUCAAUGUAAAUGAAGACAUAACAGAUAUGCCAAUGAACUUUAAUUUAAAUCAGACUGAGUGUAUUUGUCAAGUACUCUAUAAUAACCAGGAAACUGAUAGGUUGAAGACAUUUCUCUCGAAAAUAUCAACGACUACAAUGUAUCAUAACAAUGAAGUCAUUGUGAAAUGCAGAGCACUAGUUUUAUUUGUCAAUAAAGAAUUUACCGAAUUAUUCAAAAUUUUAAAUAAUUUUCCAUUUAGUGUUUGUAAUCACAAUGAAAUGCAAAAUUUAUGGUAUCAAGCUCAAUAUGCACAAAUAGAGAUAUCACGUGGUCAUCAGUUGAACGCUGUAGCCAAAUAUCGUAUACGUAAGAAAUUCCCACCACCGAACACAAUAUGGGAUGGAGAUGAGGUGACGUAUUAUUUUAAAGAUAAAUCAAGAAAUUAUUUAGCUGAACAGUUUGCGCACAAUCCAUAUCCGUCUAUUAUGGAAAAACAUUUCAUGGCUAAGAACAGUGGUCUUACUAUAACACAAGUAUCAAAUUGGUUUAAGAAUAGAAGACAACGUGAUAAAACUCUUAAUAACUUUAAAAGUAGAUGUAUAACCCAGAAUGGAUUGAGUUACAUUCAACCAACUGAUUUCGAGGUGUCGACAGAGUUCCAUGAACACUUUGAACAGAAUACUGAUACACCACUGUAUGAUGCAAAAUUUCUUGAGACAGCUUGUUCCGAUUCCAGCAAAUCCUAUUUUGAUUAUGAAAGAGAACCUCAAGAUCGUGAUUUCAACUCCCAUUGCCAUCAAAGUGGAAAUUUUUCUUCUUCAUUUUCUCACCUAAACUCUUCAGAUGAAGAUUUUUCUGUUGCAAGUAUAAAAUACAACUAG